GGCGGUAAUGCAACAUUUAUUGGAUGCCAGCUGCCAUUAAACCUCAUCAAAUAAGAAGAAAAGGCGACCUACGCUGGUGGUCCUCUGUUUACUUUUUAGUGAACUACACCAAAUUUGAUUUCGAGGUGUCUGCAUCUAUCUGUACUUUUCAACAGCCUUUUGCUUCUACACUACAGAUUCAUUAACAAUUACUUAUUCGAAGGCCAUUUUCGGUCAAAUAAUGGCAAAUGAUGUUGCUUUUCACACUCAGCUAGCCUCCAUCAUGGAGGUUUUAGCUAACGCGGCCGUGGCUGAAAUCUGCGAGCUUGUUGACAAUGGCUAUGCGGUCCUGCAUUUGGAGAUAUCUCAAGGGCAGAAGGAGAAUGAAGCGUUGAGGAGAAAACUACGGAUGAUGGAGCUGAAAGUGUCUCGUGCGAGUACUCCGAGAGCGGGAAUGGGAGGCUCAAUCCUCGCGCACAGUCGUUCUCGAACUCACUUUGGCAUGGAAUCGAGAAGGACAUCAGUCGGCGAGGUACAUUGUCGGAGAGGAGUUGAUUCCCAGUUGGUCACCAGCCUGUUUAGGGACGGAAAGUCCUCAGGUGAUACUGGACAGACUACCACACAGAGAAAGCCUGCAGCGUUGGAUGAGUCCAAAUCACCUACCAUCAAAGAGGAGAGGCGGGAAGAAGCCUGGGACAAUCAUGACCAACGAGAGAGACUGAGUACCGGAGCUUUAAAUCCCCGUGUUGGAGGAGAAAGGCAUUCCAACAUCGACACAGAGGCUGCUCAAUCAAUCAGCAAACAGGAGAACGCCAGCUCUUGUAUAUGGGUGAGUGGUGAAACAGACAACAGCCUCUUGCCAGAAUCAAAUGAAAAUAUGAGUGUGAACAAAAUAUCUCAAACCCCAGCAUUGGAAGAUGGUGAUGGAAUACUUGACCAUGCAGGCUUUGAUUGUAUGAUGUUUGAGCCCCCCAGACAACUUGGGACCCUUAGCACCCAGGGUCCUGGGGCUGAUCUUCCUGAGUGCUCUUACUCUCAUGUGGAUGUUGUACCUCUUAAUUCUGAGUCAGAGAAUAGUUUUCCCUUUUCGAUGAACAAGGUGAGUCGCUCCAUAACUGAGCACAAACAACCUGUAGCUUACAGAGACAAUAGACAGAGGGUGCCGUUGCCCUCAGAUGAGCCUCACAUGACUGUGCGAAAAGGCAUGGAGACUGGAUCCAAUGCCUUGGUAAUGACGGAUGGUUGGGUCUCCCAUGACAGUCAUAAUAACGACGCUGUGAAUUACAACCAAGACGGCACAGCAGGUAACCGGUUCAUUUGUAGUUUCUGUGGUAAGACUUUGGCGUGUCUGAAGAACCUCAAGACACACCUUAGGGUUCACACCGGGGAGAAGCCGUUCAGCUGCAUGCAGUGCGGGAAGCGCUUCUCCGACUCCAGCAACCUCAAGCGACACCAGAGCGUUCACACGGGGGAGAGACGCUACGGCUGCAGCCACUGCGGCAAGCGCUUCGCCCAGUCAGGCUCACUCAAAGUGCACCUUAGCAUACAUAAAGGAUGCAAGCAGUUCCGAUGCCCACAGUGUGAAAAGACUUUCAUAUCGGCCAAUCACCUCAAGAGACACAUCAGUGUCCACGAUGGAGAAGAAAGUAUUUUACCAACCACUUUUCAGUGAGUGAAAGCAUACCCAAACGUGCUACAGCCCAGCUUGAACAAAAAAAUGAAUUGGGGGCUCGACUGAAGGAGUUGAUCAUCCAAAAAGUAUUCCAUACACUUUUGAAUUAGUGUUUUUGUAACUCUUGUCAUUGAAGUUGUUUAUCACUCAUCCUCAGCCCACUGUGUGAAAAGUGGUUUGUGGACUCAAGUAAUCUCAUUCGUCACACCGGAUACUACAUACAGUGUGGGGAGAGGUUUGCUGCGAAGCACAUUCUUAGAAUUCACCUAGAGAGAAACUAUUCUGGUGCUCUAGUGCUGGAGAUUGUAUUGUCACUGAGUAUACCACGAACACAGUUAUUUGUGAAUAAUUCUACCUUCACAUUUUGACUGAACACAUUUUGUCUGUAUUGGGCUAUUUGUUAUUUACAGUUUAGGAGUAGUCUUAUAACAAAAGGAAUGGAAUUAAAACAAAAUAUUUUGUAUGUGUAUCUAAUAAUGUGUACCAUUUAUUAUUUCAAAAGUGCUGCAAGAAAUAUAUGAACAAUACAAACAGUGAUUGUUACUACUAUUAUUAGUAGUAGUAGUAGUAGUAAUAUAAAACAUACUACCUCUCUUUAGGAAAAACACUCCUCCAAGCCAACCAGUCUAGUAAAAUGACAUCUCGCAAAGGCCCAUGUAUGACAUUUUGAAAUAUGAAUUAUCUUGCACACAUUAUUUUUGUAAAAAUUUCCUCUGAAAACGUGUUUUUGUGAAAUAAACAAUUGUAAGAAAAAGGCCAGUAUAUUGCUGACUUUUUUGACUCAUCCAGUAGGAUGCAGAACCAGCCUCUCGUCAGCAACACUAAGUAAGCACUUCGGGGUCAUGAAAUAAAAAGUCCCCCACGUAAUAGUAGAAAAAUGUAAAUAACCUGUAUUUAAGUCAUAGCAUAUAAAAAAGGAUUGCCUAAACAAUAAUAAUGAUUCAUUUUUGUUCAAAUUUAAGUGAGAUUUGCAUUAAUUGGGUUUUAAAACAUGUUCCAAGGUCAAAUAAAUAACACGUUUCUGUAUACAAAUAUUGCACUGCACAGGAAAAACUAUUGAUUGUGUCUUCAUAAAAUCAGGGUCCAGGCUACUCACUAUAGUCCCGAGAAUACAAAGCAGAUGAGUUUGAACAAAAAGCUAGGUCAUAUGAAGUGUUGCUGGCUUUUAACUCUUCCCCCUCCAUAGCCGCCAUUUCAAUUUACUGAAUAUGGAAUACAUAUAUGGAAUACAUAUUAGACUGUAGCGAAUAAACUUUAUUACCUGUCUCAGCUUAAGUGAUGUGGAAAAUAGUCAGUAGGUUCUCUACUAACCAAAUAUGCACACACAAUCAUUUUUUUCUGUACAGGGCUGUAUUUGUACUGUUCAGGCACCCCACUUUAGCUGUUUGACCACAGUAAAAGUCAAGCAACACUUCCAUUGACCUAGCUUUUUGUUCAAACUGUUUUGUAUACUAGGAAUUCAAGUGAGUAGACUGGACCAUGGUUUUAUGAACACACCAUCAAUUUUUCCCUGUGUAGUGCAAUUUGUUUGUGCAAUACAACAAAAAUACUGUAAGACUUUGCUUAAACAUUACUUUUCAAAAUGGCAUCCUUGAACAAUCACACCAGUAAAUUAACAGUAAUUAUACAAUAUAUAUUUUUUAUUAUGUUUUAUUUUCUUACCAGUAGACUAUUAUGUUCCUUACAUGAAUUGACUUGAGCUCCAACCAUUUCUCAAUGUGCUCUAAUUUAUAGUAUUAUUUAUCGUAUAUGAAAUAGUAAUUCCCUUUAGUUUUGAUUUUUCCAUGAAGUUGGCUAUCAUUUUGUAACAGUUCCAGCAUUAUGCAAAUUACAAAAACAUCUUGAUUUCUUAUAAUACACAUAGCGUUUACAGUGGACUUAAGUUUUUAAUUUGGAUAGAUGCAGCUACAGUUGAAGUUAGAUGUUUACAUACACUUAGGUUGGAGUCAUUAAAACUUGUUUUUUAACCACUCCACAAAUUUCUUGUUAACAAACUAUAGUUUUGGCAAGUCGGUUAGGACAUCUACUUUGUGCAUGACACACAAUUUUUCCAACAAUUGUUUACAGACAGAUUAUUUCACUUAAUUCCAGUGGGUCAGAAGUUUACAUACACUAAAUUGACUGUGCCUUUAAACAGCUUGGAAAAUUCCAGAAAAUGAUGUCAUGGCUGAUAGGCUAAUUGACAUAAUUUGAGUCAAUUGAAAGUGUACUUGUGGAUGUAUUUCAGUGGUAAAAUCAAAAGAAAUCAGCCUAGACCUCAGUAAAAAACAUUAUGGACCUCCACAAGUCUGGUUCAUCCUUGGGAGCAAUUUCCAAACUCCUGAAGGUACCACGUUCAUCUGUACAAACAAUAGUACGCUAGUAUAAACACCAUGGGACCACGCAGCCGUCAUACCGCUCAGGAAGGAGACGCGUUCUGUCUUCUAGAGAUGAACGUACUUUGGUGCGAAAAGUGCAAAUCAAUCCCAGAACAACAGCAAAAGGCCUUGUGAAGAUGCUGGAGGAAACUGGUACAAAAGUAUCUAUAUCCACAGUAAAACGAGUCUUAUAUCGACAUAACCUGAAAGGCCGCUCAGCAAAGAAGAAACCACUGCUCCAAAACCGUCGUAAAAAAACCAGACUACGGUUUGCAACUGCACAUGGGGACAAAGAUCGUACUUUUUGGGGAAAUGUCCUCUGGCUUGAUGAAACAAAAAUUGAGCUAUUUUGCCAUAAUGACCAUUGUUAUGUUUGGAGGAAAAAGGGGGAGGCUUGCAAGUUGAAGAACACCAUCCCAACCAUGAACCACGGGGGUGGCAGCAUCAUGUUUUGGGGGUGCUUUUCUGCAGGAGAGACUGGUGCACUUCACAAAAUAGAUGGCAUCAUGAGGUAGGACAAUUAUGUGGAUAUAUUGAAGCAACAUCUCAAGACAUCAGUCAAGAAGUUAAAGCUUGGUCGCAAAUGGGUCUUCCAAAUGUAAAAUGACCCCAAGCAUACUUCCAAAAUUGUGGCAAAAUGGCUUAAUGACAACAAAGUCAGGGUAUUGGAGUGGCCAUCACAAAGCCCUGACCUCAAUCCUAUAGAACAUUUGUGGGCAGAAUUGAAAAAGCGUGUGCGAGCAAGGAGGCCUACAAACCUGACUCAGUUUCACCAGCUCUGUCAUGAGGAAUGGGCCAAAAUUCACCCAACUUAUUGUGGGAAGCUUGUGGAAGGCUAUCCAAACCGUUUGACCCAAGUUAAACAAUUUAAAGGCAAUGCUACCAAAUAGUAAUUGAGUGUAUGUAAACUUUUGACCGACUGGGAAUGUGAUGAAAGAAAUACAAGCUGAAAUAAAUCAUUCUCUCUACUGUUAUUCUGACAUUUCACAUUCUUAAAAUAAAGUGGUGAUCCUAGCUGACCUAAGACAGGGACUUUUUACUAAGAUUAAAUGUCAGGAAUUGUGAAAAACUGAGUUGAAAUGUAUUUGGCUAAGGUCUAAACUUCUGACUUCAACUGUACAUGUUGCUGAUAUAAUGGAAGUCCUGUGGGCAAAGUGUCGGAACAACUUUUGCAGGUUUGGGAGCAUCCAAGCAAAGAAAAUGAAGAUUCUGUAAAACAGUCUUGUGCUGUUAUGAAGGUAGAUGACUAAUAAUGUGACAAUGCAUAAUAUCUCUUGUCUGGGAAAUGUUUACUACGGUUUUAGGCAACCUAGUUAAAUUGCAGUACUGUUAUGAUUGACUAGGACACGGAUGAGGAACUUUGUGUGCCAACGAUUUACACUGAGGAUGACCUGUUUUUUGUUUUUCUAAACCUUUCUUGCACUAUGAUUUUUUUGGGCAUCAUGUUCUAAUAAACAUCUUGAUUUUCCA